AUGAAACAAGUAACGGUGGAAAGAAGAAUCGAAAACGGCAAGCUCACCUGCACUCGACAAGUACUCUUUGUCGGGGAUAAGAUUAACGAGGAAUGUAUGGGAGAUCAAGAAUACUUCGAUAAAGUGGUCAGGGAAGUCAACGCUGACUUACGCAAGGAUAUGGAUAAGGAUGGGGAAGAAGUAGGCCUAACAACCAUAUCAAGUGACGAGAGACGAGUGACGAGUGAAGAGCCAGUGAUGUGCACUGGAAAAUCCGACAAGUUCGCGAAGAAAUCGAAGAAAUGGAACAAGGUUUAA